CCCAAGAAGUUCCAUUACACUUCAUCAGUUCCUACGGAUCAAACAUCGAAUACAUCAUCAUCAUCGUCUUAUUUUAAUACCUAUAAUCAUGAUCAAAUAGAUAGCUCAUCGCCCUCUCACUUUAACAUCUACGAACAGAAUAUUACACCUGAUUUUUUGUCACCUUGUUUUAAUACAUACGAACUCGCCUUACCUUAUUAUAGCUAUAAACAUAAUAUUGUAAAUAUUUUGUCAUUUUAUCUAAAUGCCUAUAACUCUAGUGAUUCGUUGACUGAAUCAGAUGUUAAGGCUCAACCAGAAGGUGCAGAUAAUGGGAUUUAUGAUGAGAAGAAAAAUAAUAAGCACGAAGAUAGUGAAAAUGAGAAGGAAGGAAAAAAUAAUUUAUUAGUACUAUGUAAAAGAAUGAAGUUUA